AUGAAUAAUAAUCAUAGCAAUUGUAUUCUUGUAAACAAUUCAUAUAUUUGUAUAGCUGAUUCAACAAUUAUUGAAAAUAGUUUAUUUAUAUCAAUUUUUUCUAUACUUUUGGUUAUUGUAAUGUUUAUUGGUGUUGUGGGAAAUUUACUUGUUAUAUAUGUUGUACUUAAUUAUGGUCGAUUAAAAACUGUUACAAAUACAUAUUUAUUACAUUUAGCUUUAUCUGAUCUUGUCUUUUUAAGUGGUAUACCAUUUUUUGUUUCAUCACUUAUAACACGUGCAUGGAUAUUCGGUGGUUUUGUAUGUAAAUUAUUUUUUCUUACACAAGGUGUUAAUCAAUUUACAUCAAUUAUUAUCUUAGCUUUAUUAUCAUUUGAUAGAUAUUUAGCUGUUUGUCAUUCAUCAAAAUCUGUUACAUGGCGUUCACGUGUUAAUCCAAAUUUACUUUUAAUAUUAACAUGGAUACUUUCAUUUAUAUUAAUGUUACCUAUUAUUGCAUUUACAGCAAUACAAAAUACGUCACCAACAAAAGUUCAAUGUACUAUUAAUUUUCCUUAUGCAGAAUCUCGUGUAUUGUAUAGUAUAUUUGUUGCAUAUACAUCAACAAUAACAUUUGUUUUACCACUUAGUUUAAUGACAUAUUUUUAUAUACAAAUAGUUCGUCGAUUAAAGCAUCAAGUAUCACAACAACAUCGUCGUUCACGUACAUCAAUACGUACACGACGAAAAGUAUCUGUUUUAGUUUUAGCUGUUAUCAGUGUACAUAUAUGUUGUUGUUCACCAUAUUGGGCAUUUCAAGUUAUAACAACAAGUGAACUAUUACCUCAAACAAGUUCAAUACUUGUACCAACAUCGAGUAUAUCACAAUUUCUUUUAUUUGUUAAUUCAUCAACAAAUCCAAUUGUAUAUGCAUUUCUUAGUGAAAUAUUUCGUUUAAGUUUUAAACGUGUUUUUUAUUGUUGUUUAUCAACAAAUGAUAAUCAAUUUUUACAUGAAAAAACAGCGAUUAAAAGAAAUUUAGCAUUACCACAAGCUCGAAAUAAUAUUUCUACUCGGACAAAAAAACAAAAAAUACCAAUGAAAACAAUAAUAUCAGAUAAUAAUAAUUCCGACAUGAAUUUAAAUAAUCAGCGUUUAUCAAUCACAACAAAACAAACAAAUUUAAUGUAUGAACAAAGUCGACAUUCAUCAUUAGCACCUACAAUGUCAAUAUUUAGUUCUGAAGCAUCAUUUGUUUCAGAAUUGUAG